AUGGCGGGAGCUUUGGUUGGUGGUGCUUUUCUUUCUGCUUUUCUUCAGGUGGCUUUCGAUCGGCUGGCUUCUCGGGAUGUUCUGGACUUCUUCAAAAAGCCAAAAUUGAACCAGACAUUGCUCAAUAAGCUGAAGAUCGUGCUGUUAUCCAUCGACGCUGUGGUUGACGAUGCAGAGCAAAAGCAGAUCACCAAUCCGAAGGUGGAGGAGUGGAUCGAUUUGGUCAAAGAUGCUGUGUUCGAUGCUGAGGAUGUCUUGGAUGAGAUAGAUUAUGAAAUGUCCAAGCGCAAGCUGGCAGCUGAACAAGAGAGUCAAACCAGUGUUAUUGGCAAGGUACGAAACUUCUUUGGUACUCCCGGUUGUUCAUUUGAGAAGGAAAUUGAAUCCAAGGCCAAAAAUGUCCUUGAAAAUCUAGAAUAUCUUGCAUCUCAAAGGGAUAUAUUAAGAUUGAAUGAACGUGAUAGUGGUGCUGGAUUAAGAAGUGCUAUAGCAGAUAGAUUGCCAACUACAUCUUUAGUGGAUGAACAUGGAACAUAUGGCAGAGAUGAUGAAAAAAAUACCAUCAUUGAAUGGCUGCUGUCAGAAAAGUAUAAGAACCAAUUAUCUGUUAUUUCUAUCGUGGGUAUGGGUGGUUUGGGUAAAACUACUCUUGCCCAGCUGGCAUACAAUGAUAGUAGGGUGAUGGAUAGAUUCAACCUCAAAGUAUGGGUAUGUGUCUCUGAUGAGUUCAAUAUGUUGAGGGUAACAAGGACAAUUUAUGAGGCAAUCACUGGAUCAAAAGAUGAUACCAAUGAUUUUAAUAUGCUUCAAAUUAAAUUAAAACAACAACUAACUCGAAAGAGAUUUCUCCUUGUUUUAGAUGAUGUAUGGAAUGAAGAUUAUCUGCGAUGGGAGGCCUUGCAGUCACCAUUCAAUCAUGGGGCUCAAGGAAGCAAAAUUCUUCUAACCACUCGCAGUGGAAAAGUUGCUUCGACCAUGCGUUCUGCUAAGAUACUUUCAUUGAAGCCGUUAUCGGAAGGAGAUAGUUGGUCAUUGUUUAGCAAAUAUGCCUUCCAUGAUGGAAAUGUUCUUUGUUCAAACUCUGACCUUGAAGAAAUUGGUAGAAAAAUAAGUAAAAAAUGCAAAGGACUGCCUUUAGCUUUGAAAGCCAUUGGGAGCCUCUUGUACACAGUAUCAUCUCAUGAGAGGUGGAAUGGUAUUUUGAAAAGUGAGAUUUGGGAGGAAAAAAGCGAUAGCAAGAUUCUCCCUGCUUUGAGAUUGAGUUAUUGCUACCUGCCCUCUCAUCUGAAAAGAUGCUUUGCUUAUUGUUCAAUAUUUCCCAAAGAUUAUGAUUUUGAUAAGGAGCAUUUAAUUCAAUUGUGGAUGGCAGAAAAUUUUCUGACAUGUGCUCAUCAAAGCAAAGAUGGGAGAGAAGUAGGAGAACAAUUCUUUCAUGACCUGUUGUUGAGGUCACUUUUUCAACGAUCAACAAUAGAUGAAACCCGUUUUGUCAUGCAUGACCUUAUUAAUGAUAUGGCAAAAGUUGAAUAUGGAAAGUUUAGCCACAGGUUUGAGGUAGAUGAUGUAAAUAAUUUGACAAAAAUGACCCGGCAUAUUUCAUUUUUGAGAAACGAUGUUGAUCCAUCCAAACAAUUUGAGGUUACAUACCAGGCUAAUAAGUUGCGCACAUUCUUGCCUCUAUCCAUGCAGGGUCAUAGAAGUACAGGCUAUACCUCUAUUAGUCACUUUAUAUCUCACAAGGUUAUUAACGAUUUGCCAUCCAAGUUUAUUUGCAUGCGAGUUUUAUCUUUGUGUGAUCAUAUUGUCUUGGAGAUUCCUGAAUCAGUAGGAAAUAUGAAACAUCUACGUUAUUUGGACUUAUCAGGAACUAGAAUAAGGAAGUUGCCUGAUUCAAUAUGUCAACUUCAUCGUUUGCAAACAUUAAAGUUGUGGCGUUGUCGUCUUUUGGAAAAAUUGCCAACGGAUUUUCAUAAACUCAUGAAUCUGCGUCACCUUGAUUUUCGUGAAACUCAGGUGAGAGAGAUGCCGAAGCAAUUGGAUACAUUGAAAAAUCUUCAAGUUCUGUCACCAUUUAUUAUAGAAAAAUCUGGAGAGACCAACAUCAAACAUUUAGAAGGACUUAAUCUUCAUGGAUCAGUUUCCAUCUUGGAAUUGCAGAAUGUGGUUUCUCCCUCACGUGCUUUAGCAGUCAAUUUGAGAAGCAAGAUACACCUUAAGGAGUUAACAUUGGAAUGGUGCAUAGACAAUAGAAAAUCACACCAUGACAAGGAUGUGCUGGAGAACUUCCAACCUCAUCAAAAUUUGAAAAAGCUAUCAAUUGGCAACUAUGGUGCUAUCGAGUUUCCAAAUUGGCUUGCUAAUCAUUUGUUGUCCAAUUUAGUGUCCCUAGAGCUAAGGCAUUGCAAAUACUGUAGAUCCCUGCCAUCACUUGGCCUCUUUCCAUCUCUCAAGUCAUUGUCAAUUAUAGGGUUUCAUAGCAUAGUAGCUAUUGGUCCAGAAUUUUGUGGAAAUAGCUCUAAUGCUUCAUCUCUAGAAAUCCUAAGGUUUGGAGAUAUGAAGGCCUGGGAAGAAUGGAAAUGUGAAAUUUUGUCUCUUACUUUCCCUCAUCUUCAAGAGUUGAGUGUAGAAAAUUGUCCCAAAUUGAAAGGGGAACUUCCUCAACAACUUCCUUCUUUAAGGAUGCUAGUAAUUUCCAAUUGUGAGAAGCUUUUGUCUUCAAUUCCAUGGGUUUCAUCUCUUGAUAAACUGGUUCUAAAAGAUUGUGGAAACGAGCAGUUGGAAAGUCUUCCAUCAGCUCUAAGAGUCCUUGAGAUUUCUGGAUGCUUCGAAAAAUUAUUAUCAGUCGACAAAAUUGAAAAUAUCAUUGCCAAUUAUAGCCUUGAAGAGUUGAAGUUUUCUGAUUGUCCUCACCUAGAAUUCCCAUUGAGAUCUUGUCAUAACUUCGUCCUUGAAAUGGAUAUAAGAGGAAGCUGUGACUCUCUUAAGUCGUUUCCACUAGAUUUAUUCCCAAAGCUUCAAUCAUUGAAGUUGAUUGACUGUAAUAAUCUUGAAAUGAUAUCUGUUUUAGAGGGGCACCAUUAUUCUCUUACAAGCUUGUACAUACGAAAGUGUCCUAAAUUUGUAUUUUUCCCUAAAGGAGGGUUUUUGGCUCCCAAACUAGAAUUUUGUUGCAUUGAAGAAUUGAAGAAUUUGAAAUCGCUCCCAGAGAACAUGCACAUUCUCUUUCGCUCCCUCACAUAUCUGUUAAUAAAAUGCUGCCCGCUAGUGGAAUCAUUUGCAGGAGGAGGUUUCCCAUCAAAUCUCAAAUAUCUUGAGGUCUUAGAGUGCCCGAAACUCAUAGCCUCUCGAAUGGGAUGGCAUCUACGUAGCUGUACAUCACUACAUUUCAUACAUAUUGGAGAUGCAGAUGAUGAGUCUCUUCCUGAUAUUGGACUACUUCCACCUACUCUUAUUUGCCUUCUGUUUCAUAACUGCCCCAAUCUUAGAUCAUUGGAACACAAAGGUCUUUGCCACUUAACCUCUUUGGAACUCUUGGGAUUUUGUGGCUGUCCUAAACUCCAAUACUUUCCAAAGGAGGGUUUGCCUAGUUCCCUUUGUCAACUAAGGAUUAGGGGUUGUCCCUUGCUCAAAAAGCGGAUCCAAAGGCAGAAAGGAAAAUAUUGGGCAAAGAUUUCUCGCAUUCCUUUUGUUAGCACUGAAGAUGAUGUAGUAGCAACUUUAAGUGAGCUUCUCACUGAUGAUGGCAUCAGUUCUCCUGCUAUCCAUUCACUCAUUAGAAGCUCAACAACUUCAUCUAUGGCGGGAGCUUUGGUUGGCGGUGCUUUUCUUUCUGCUUUUAUUCAGGUGGCUUUCGAUCAGGUGGCUUCUGGGGAUGUUCUGGAAUUCUUCAACAAACCAAAAUUGAACCAGACACCGCUCAAUAAGUUGAAGAUGGUGCUGUUAUCCAUCGAUGCUGUGGUUGACGAUGCAGAGCAAAAGCAGAGCACUAAUCUGAAGGUGAAGGACUGGAUUGAUAUGGUUAGAGAUGCGGUUUUCGAUGCUGAAGAUGUCUUGGAUGAGAUUGAUUAUGAAAUGUCCAAGCGCAAGCUGGAAGCUGAACAAAAGAGUGAAACCAUUGCUAUGGGCGAGGUACGAAACUUCCUUAGUGCUUCUGUUAGUUCAUUUGAGAAGGAUAUUGAAUCCAGGAUGAAAAACGUCAUUGAAAAUCUAGAAUAUCUUGCAUGUCAAAGGGAUAUAUUAAGAUUGAAUGAACGUGAUGGUGGUGCUGGCUUGAGAAGUGUUGUGCCAGACAGAUUGCCAACUACAUCUUUAGUGGAUGAAAAUAGAACAUACGCUAGAGAUGAUGACAAAAAAUCCAUCAUUGAACGCUUGUUAGAAAAGUAUAAAAACAAACCAUCUGUGAUUUUUAUAGUGUGGUAUGCGCCGCCUUCAUGGUUCUCUCCAGUUGAGCAAAACAUUGCUGCGAGUUCGGUUGAAAAAUCAAAUGGGAAUGACGGGUUGAGUUCGGGUCAAAAUGUUGUUGAUGAUGGUGGGCAGAAGGAAGCAUUGAAGGAAGGUGACUCAUUAAUGAAUGCUGGAAAGCUGAGAGAAGCAUUGCCGUUCUAUGAAAAGGUUAUGGGGAAAUUAACUUUUAAGAGUGAGCUGCAUGGAUUAGCUGCUUUGCAGUGGUCAAUUUGUCAAGACUCCCUCAGCAGUUUUGGUGCUGUUAUGGAAGUGGAGAAGUUAGAUCUUCCACAUUUCAUGGAGUUUAAGAAACAAGUCUCAGCGGUGUAG